GGGCGGUAUAUAGCCAUGCACUUGGUCUCUGAGAAAAAACAACGCACAAUCAUUAGAAAUCCCUCCUCCUGACUGCACUCCUUUCACUUUUAAAAGAGAUCGAGACAAAACAGAUCAGUGACAGAGCGGCAGAGCACAACUAUAAUUUGUUGACGGGGAAAUGUCACGAAAAGUUCUUGCCUGGUUGAUCGCGUUUUCUACCAUCUAUCAUGCUGUUGCUGAUAUCUCAGCUGUGGUUUAUGAUCAGCAGUAUGGCUCGUGGGAAUCGAAAUUGUACUUCAAAUAUAUUGCACAUGUUCAAGGCCAAAGUCAAGGGGUGAAAUGGACAACACGAUAUGCCAUUUCUAACCAUCCGAGUGACUUUUCUCACGAAUUUGAUCAUGAUAUUGCGAAUAAUGAAGAGAUAUUCAGGACACGACACCUUUUGAGUAACCACAACAAUGGCUCGACAAACGCAACGUUCUUUCAACCUGCUAGUCUGAGUCGGAGUCAAAAGAUAGCUUUUACAUUGGGAUACAUCUUCGUUCUUUUUAUUGGUUCAUUUGGCAGUCUCCUUAUUUUGGUUGUCAUAGCAACGAACAAAGAACUUCGCAACAACCUCAACUUUUUGCUAUGUCAUCUAGUGGUCGUUGAUUUGCUGCGCAUGCUCAUCACUACAUCCUUCGAGUUGUUUAUGAUAAAUGAAAUCGGCAAUGCAAUUUCAAGUAUCCCUGCUGAUCCAGGAGUAUCUGGAAGCAUGUUUUGCAAAUCUAUGUUCGCUUUGCCACCGACUUUCAAUUACGCUUUUGUUUUCACUCUAAUAUGUAUGACUUGCGAGCGUUUUGUCGCCGUUAUUUUUCCCUUUCACGUGUCAAUAUUCAAAAACAAAAGUAAAUGGAUUAUACUAUGCGUAUGGCUUGCAUCAAUCAUUCUUGGAAUUCCUAGUUUGUACGCAUUCGACUCAUUGCCUUUUCCUGGAAGUGAUGACCAUGUUUGUGGAAUAGAUUUCAGCCCGUAUUGUGAUGGAAAUGGAUUCCAAGACUGGAAAUGCACCUUGAAAAUGUUUAAAAGGUCGCUAAGUGCCGCCAUUUAUAUAACAUUUGUGAUCGCAUUCUUGCUUAUACUAAUUCUACACGCUUUAAUUGCGAUUGUUCUCUAUAAACGCCGCCCAAAAUUUGACACAGAAUCUUCGUGCGUUUCCAAAAGUGUCGCGCAUUCCAGGCGUGACGUGGUGCGCAUGCUUGGUGUUGUGUCGAUUGUUUACGUGGUAACCUCAUUGCCUGGUCAAAUAUACCAAUUUGGUUAUAUCUACAACACCGCCUGGCUAAACAAAUCUAUGCCAACGUACUUCAACUUUUUGCUAAUUUUCUUGGGAAAUUCGCAUACCAUGUUCUACCCAUGGAUCUACCCUCUCUUUGUCAAGCGUUUUCGCCAGAAAUAUUCCAAGAUAUUUCGAACGAAUUUGCUGUGCAACCAAGCACAAAGUCGGUCCGAUGCAUCAACGAGGUCUGGAAGAACAACCAUGGUUACCAACGAUGUAGUCACCAAUCAAUUGUUAUGUAAGAAUUCAAAAGAAACUCAAUUUUAACGUUCUGCUGAGCAGAUAGACCAUAAUAGUAUGCCGUGCAUUGUAUAAUUUUAAACACCAUGCACUACUUUCAUCGUCUUGCUUGUUGCAAUGAAAUAGAAAAAUUUGAAAGAAUUGAAAAACUUAAAAGAUUUUUACGAAUGUACGGUCGGUUGUACGAAUGUUAGAUAGCGACAUCCGCUAGAUAUUGAAUUUUCAAGCGCUGUAAAGAUGCUAAAAAGCAGCAGUUCUAAGGAGACUAAGCUGCAUGACUGUUAUAAAUACUAAAGUUUAAUCACGAUUUCAAUUCUACCUUUCAAUUCUUAUGAAGUGUAGACUUUAUGCCAAUCAAAUCAUUGUAUACACUGACUGGUAUUUUCCGCAUCAGUCUUCAAGACAGAAUGCCACGAGAGUCUUUUGCUUUGUUUCUUGUUUUUUUGAACCUUGAUUUCUCUGUGAUUUGUGAUCGGCAGUAUGAUCAAAAGAAACAAAAACUGCAUUCAAGGGUAAAAAAAUAUUGGCGUUGUUACAGAAAAGGCGAGAUUGACGCAUUUUCAAGGACAUAUAAUUAUAAGACUCCCAAAUUUCAAAUUGACUUUUAUCGUGGUGAGUGUCGACAGCAUUAGUUUUGAAUUAUAUACGUGAAAUAGUGAAGGCUCAGUUGAAAUGAGUGGGACUUAUAUUUUUAAGCUACGUUGGACUUUAUUCUUUAAACGAUGUAAAAAGUGAGACUUUAGAUCUCAAUUAAGCUACAGGUAUAGGUUCAGUGCUGCGUUCGUGCGUGCACGCUUGAAAUUAUUAAAAUACGCAAUUAACUGCUUAUAAGAAUAUUAAGUUCUCGUAAGUGACCUUUCAUUUAAUCGGCUUUCAAUCUGUUCCGUGUAAAAUUAUUCCCCAGUGUUGUUUUGAAUCCGUACUGGCUUACGAAAAGCGAAAUAUUGUAGUUUGUAAAAGUACAGCUUGAAUUUGAUAUGUCUUGCUAUGACUGGCAAAAUCUUUGAUGUAGCGUAAAUAGUAUUUGCCGAAUACCUAAUUUUUAUCAGAGCCUAGAGUAGCCGUAGGGUAACCUUAUACUAUUACUUUAAGAAAUAAUUACUGUAAAUAGCAAAAAUUAUUGAAAAUUGAAGUUCACAAUCUAAACUUUCAUAUUCCCCUCAAACAUGACGACAUUAAUGUCGGCGAACGUUGCCAAAAUACGAUGUCCAUCGAGUUGUUACUGCAAAGAAUAAUAGAAUAAAAUUUCACUUCUUAUCUAAUCGAAAAUUGUAAGGUGAAUCUCACCAUUCGGAA